AUCCACCCAACCUUCUAAAAAUCAGGAACACUCCUUUUCUUUUCACCCCUAUCAUCACCAUCCCAUUGCAUUUUUCUCAAUCACGUGUGCAGUGCUAUCUGGUAAAAGCAUUUGACUCCAACGCAUCAAAAAAGGUUUUCGAAAUUAUGAGUGGACGUCAGCAAAACAUGAAGGGCCGAAAAGGAAAGGCACCAUUGGGUUCUACUAGUUAAUGUUACUCUCUCAGGUCUCAUUGGAAAGCAUGUUUUUACAUUUUGAUCUUCCACAUCUCAAAACCGCAAAUGCCUCUACCUUGCUUCCAACGCUUCCCUCCUGUUUGCAGUGUGAUUGACGAACUUUCUGCAGAUCCCAUGCAGAAAUUGAAGCCUAAAAUUACUAUUGCUCAUAUUGAAAAGCUCGUGAGAACUGCGAAGACUGUGUCUGAUUUACAACCUGCGUUGGAGUUGUUGAAUGCAGCGCGUACUGCCCUGGAUGAAAUUGAAAAGCAGAGAGAAGCUGAUUUUAAAAGGGCUGCAGUUGAAAUUAAGAAACUGAGAGUUCAAGUUCAAAAGAAGAUAGAUGAAAAAGCUGCAUCUAAGGCAGCUGAAGUUCCAAUUGAAGAAGGUACAUCUAAGGCAGCUCAAGUUCCAAACCAGCAGGAGAAUGAAGCUUAAGAUGAAAGAUUCCAAAAGCCGAAGUUCAAAUAAAGGAUGUUGAAGGCUGUAAAUAAAAUUAGGCAGUUGUGUAGAGUAAGAAAGGAAAACUGAACUAUGUUCUGUUUUAUCCUUAAGUUGUGAGUCUUAGACACUUGGGAAGUGCCAAGCUCGCAAAUCUUGUCUAUGCGUGUCUGGUUAUUAUGUACUGAUUCCUAUAUAACUAUCGUAAUGUGUCGGUAAUAUUAUGGUUUUGACUCAUUCUCCAGAAUUAUAGCCAUCAAUCUCUUAUAUUAUAAAUUGCGUGGUUCGGGGGAAAAGUAAUAGUCCCAAUAUAUUGAAUCAUCCUUAUUGGUUUUUAAGUGACAA